AGUUCUGCAUUUUAAUAAACUGAAAAUUAAAAAUAAAUAUAAUCAAAACAAAAUGUCAAGAUAAGUUUAAUGAUAAAAAAUUAUAGGUGCAUGUAAAAUAAGCUUAGUCGAUGAAUAUUUAACUUCUAGGUGAUCUAUUGGGUUAAUGUUUCUUUGCGAUACAAAUUUCGCAGUAUUGCUUUUUAUUUCAAAUUGUCAUUCAUGCUGUCCCGACUUGUAAACUCUUUGCCGAACGGCUUAUCGCAACAAAUUACUAAACUAUAUUUUCAAGCUCUUGUCAGGAAUCAAAGAGGUACCCACAGUGAAGCAGUAUACCAUCAGUUCAAAAAUAUGGAUGUAAAAAUCUUGCCCGCGCUUCAAGACAACUACAUGUACCUUAUUAUUGAUAAUGCUACAAGAGAAGCAGCCAUUGUGGAUCCCGUUGAUCCAAACUCUGUUCUGAUGGCUGUGAAGGAGCAUAAUGUUAAUUUAACUUCUGUCUUGACUACUCAUCAUCACUGGGAUCAUGCUGGAGGCAAUGAAAACUUAGUGAAAAUGAUUCCGAAUCUGACAGUGUAUGGUGGUGAUGAUCGCAUCGGAGCCUUGACUAACAAAGUCCAACAUCAGAGCAAGUUCAAUAUUGGCAAUUUGAAUGUACAGUGCCUCUUCACGCCUUGCCACACUGCGGGUCAUAUCUGCUACUUUGUCAGCACUCCUGAGGAAGGGAGUGACCCUGCUGUGUUUACUGGAGAUACCCUAUUUCUUGGAGGCUGUGGUAGAUUCUUUGAAGGCACUGCUGACCAGAUGUACAGAGCACUCAUUGAGAUUCUGUCGAAACUCCCAGAUCAAACCAAAGUAUUUUGUGGCCAUGAAUAUACCCUCCAAAAUUUGAAGUUUGCCUCCUAUGUUGAGCCAGAAAAUGAAGAAGUAAAGAAGAAGAUUGCUUGGUCUGAAUCUAAAAGAGGGGAAGGAAGACCAACUGUGCCAUCAACAAUAGGUGAAGAAAAAUUGUACAACCCUUUCAUGAGAGUAACAGUCCCUGCAGUGAUGCGGCAUGCCAAGGCAACUGACGCCAUUCAAGCCAUGAAGGCCAUCCGACAGGAGAAGGAUAAUUUCAAGGCAUAAACAAAAUUGUGUUAAAUUAAACAUAUUUUCAUAUAUUUCUGUCAAUGUGUUGUUUAAAUUUAUGGAUUUAAAAUUAUUUCUAUUUUUGUUAAACUCAGUAAAGCUAUUGUGGGUUGUCUUUAGCUCAAAUAUGUAGUUAUCUUGUAUUGGUAUCUGUACCAGAUAGUGGAAAUUGUAAUUAAAACCUAUAUACUAACACAAAAGUGGAUAAAUGGGCUGUGUAAAAUCGCCUUUUCAUACUAAAAGUUCUCACUUCCUCUCUAGAUAAUCAACAGAAUUGAAUAUAUUUUGACAAAAUUAGCAUGUCCUUACUCCUAAGAGUUUUAAAUUAUAUGAUGUAUAACUAUCAUAAGUGUUUCUCGAUUUUUGAAAUUUGUGUCAAGCUCUUUAAACUUUCUUUUGCACUUAUACAGUCUAAUGUUAUGUUAAUGUAAAAGUUCUG